AUGCUCUCGGCUGGCGCGCCUCGCCGACGCGCGCCCGUGCUCCGCCUCGCUCGGCGUGGCCUCGACCUGAGCUACAGCCCCAGGCGGAACGCGCCAAAGCUCAAUCACGUGAUACCUCGCCUGAAUCCGCGCCGCCUCCGCGAGAGUGAGGCCAACCGGCGCGCUGUGCCAGAGGCCGCGAGUGAGCGUCCCGCAGCGACCGAGCGGCCGUGGCGCGACCUGGCGGUGCCCAUGCUGCACCUGCCGGACGCGCUCGACGCUGCCUUGCGCGAAGUCACCACGCGCCGGCUGCGCGCACGCGGGGCACACGCGGGCACGCCGCCCGAGGAGAUGGGCGUGGACGAGCAGGCCGCCGAGCGGAUGCACGGCGCGUACGCCGGCGUCUACCGUGCGCUGCACGAGGCGCGGCGGCGACUGCCCGGCUGGCAGCCGCGCAGCUCGCUCGAGUUCGGCGCGGGCCUUGGCGCGGGCGCGUGGGCGGCCGCCGAGGUGUCGGGGAAGUGUCUAGGCUCGUGGGCGGCCGCCGAGGUGUGGCCAGCGGCGCAGCUCGCCCUCACCGCCGUCGAGCCAAACUCCGACCUCCGGUUCGCCGCGGCGGAGCUGUGGGAGGGCGGGCAGGCGGCCUAG